AUAUAAUCGCAUGAAUGGCUCCUCUCCACCACCCCCUCCCGAGCUGCGGGAAUGGUUUAACCCAUUGAGAGUGCGAGAGACAGUGAGCACAAAGGAAGCGCGGCUCCUGCUCGUUCAGAGAGGAUAUAAAUGGCUGAUGUAAACACUGAACAAAAACCGCAAGCCUGGAUUUCCAUUUCCCGUCACACUGGUCCAUUAUCAGCGUUCAAUAUUACAUGAAGUAGUCGCUAAUAACAACGGGUCUGUGUGGAUAACUAAAGGCAGGCAGUAAGUGAGGAAUUGAAGCCAAGAGUAGAGGUGAGGACAAGGGAGUUGAGCAUUGUUUCCAUCUGCGCUUCAGGGCUUUCUGGAGUUGCUCACCGGCUUUGGACUGAGUCUGGUUUACUGGGACAUGAUGUGAGGUUUUUCAAGCUGACCAAUUCGACAAGUGGAGAUUUUUUCUUGGUUUCAUCUCUCCCUCCCUCUCUCUCUCUCUCUGUGUCUCGCUCUGUUUUGGAGGUACACAUACUUCUCCAUGGGUGAGGCCCACUGAUCCAGGCAUCCCUGUAGACCCUGUUUAUCCCUCACCUCUGGCCACCUCUGCUCCCCUCCACUGCCAUCACAAUGACUUCUACCAACCAGCUGUUGGGGUUGGCGGAGGUGGGGCUGAAGUGUGACCAAGAGAUUGAAAGGAGGUAUGAGAUCGUGCCCUCAGUGGUGUGCUCCAUGUGCUGCCUCUUUGGAAUCAUCUACUGUUUCUUUGGCUAUCGAUGCUUCAAGGCUGUGUUGUUCCUCACAGGCCUGAUGUUUGGCUCUGUGGUCAUCUUCAUGCUGUGCUACAAGGAAAGGGUGAUGGAUACUCAGCUGAGUGUAGAGGCCUCAGUCGGCAUCGGCCUAGGCAUCGGGACCCUCUGUGGCCUGGUGACCAUGCUGGUUCGCAGUGUGGGACUUUUUAUGGUGGGCCUGCUGCUUGGCCUGCUGGUUGGAGUGGCUUCAAUGGUGGCCAUGGAGGAGUUCUAUCAUCCCAGAACAGUCUGGGUUCCUCUGGGUAUUCUCCUGGGUUCUGGAACAUUAUUUGCUGUCCUCACUCUUCAGUGGCAACGCUGCUUUGUCACUUUCUCCACUGCCACCUUUGGCUCUGCCAUCAUCACAGUCACUGUGGAUUACUUUAUAGAGCUGUUCGCCUUGGUACACUACAUCUACGAGAUACUGAGGGUGGCACCAAAGAAGCCAGUGUGCUGGUUUACUUGGGUCAUCUUAGGGGUGUGGCCUGUCCUGGCCCUUCUUGGAGUGUUGAUUCAGUGGAAAGUCACUGCAGAAGGAUUUUCUCACACAGAGGUGGUUUUGAGUCGACAGCAACGGAGGGUCCAGCUCAUGCGCAUCCGGCAGCGGGAAGAGAAACUAAAAAAGGAGAAGGAGAACAAAAAGAAGAAAAAAAAACAGAACCAGAAGAGCAGCCACAAACAGAAGGUCCACACUCAUCACCACAACCACCACCACCAGCAGUAUCACCACCCAGCAGCGUCCCACCCACAUCACCAAGUCCAGAGCUCUCAGCCGCCGAAAGUCCCUCCUCCUCAGACUGAACCUGGCUACCAUCGCAAAGCCAACCCUAAAAGACGCUUUGAUGGAGAUGUACUGUCACCAAGCUACAUCAGAAGUUUCAGGGACAGACAGACUGACAGACGGGCGUACUCCCACAGUCGAAUGAUGAGCCGCUCCCGAAUGGCUGAACUCGAUUAUGACUGUGGCUCUCAAGUGCCCCUCACGGCCCCCACUGGACCCCCAGUUCGCAUCUGAGACAGUGCAAUGAACAAAUCCGCAUACACACAACUGCACAGUCACAUAAGGCUACUUCAAAACUCUUUGUCACAGUUAGGGAUAGAAACCCUAACCUUACCGUGCCAACCUAAUCAACUGCCUAUCUGAACAGGAACUCAGCAUGUCCCAAAGCUGAUAAGUAACACACUGGUUUUCUCCUCUCAGACCUUAUAAAAGUUGUAACUAUUUGGCCAGUUUGGUCUUGUUUUGUUCUUUUUGAAUGUCAAGACUUAAUAGCAGGGACUUUUCUUUUAGAAGGGACAAGGACAUAUUGCUGCUGAAGGAAAUGUAGUCAAAUCUCAGACAUCCUGAAUCAUCACAUGCUCUGUUUGGUUCUUUUGUAACUGGAGAACAUUGGCAAAAACUGGACUUGUGAGGAAUUAUUUAAACUGGCUCUGCUGAACAUUUGAUUUAAAUACUUUUUUUGCUUGCAUCAAGCCAUAAGUGGAUUGCAGGGUGUGGGGAAAAAAUGCAUCACAUGGCAUUCAUGAAGUCAAGGUAAGAAAAGAUUUGCUUCAAGGAUUCCAUUAAGAGCACUCAGCGAAAAACAAAAGAAAAACAACACAGCUAACACAGAAACAGAAAGGCAGCCCCUCUUCUCUACUGAAAGGUCACUGUGUGAAGCAAGUAAAAUGGUCUUAUACUUGUAUAGCACCAUUCCAUGCUUUACAGCACACUCAAAGCGCGUUCACAUUAUUCGGCC